GCUGAAAAGACUUCCGCAAAGGAUUCACCUGUGCAUCCUCGCUCAUAGCUCCUCCAGGAAGCCUCUCCUCUCUCCUCGCUUCUCUCUCCUCCAGAUGCAUUUUUAGGAAUUGAAACAGCCUUAAACAUAUGACGCGCUGAUAUCGAUUUCCGGGUCACGAGCAGGAGGAUGGAGGAGAGAGGAGACAAGGAGGCACAAAGCAGAGAAAUGAGAAGAGCACAGUGUUACGGUCACGCAAUCGGAUUGCUGUAAAUAUUAAUCGGUGUUGUUGACUGAUGACUCAUCGAGCAGAUCCAGAGGAAACAUGUUUCGUCUUCAACACAUAGUCCAUCGCUCUCAGCCUGUCCUCCACCGGAUGAAGUCGAUCAAUUCAUAUCUAUGGCAGGAUGCGCGACUUAAAACGCAGGGGCCUCCAGUUCAGUCUGGACUGAAACGGUUCAGCACAGCAGAGGCUCCUGUGGAGGCAGGGGACCCAUCCAGGAUGAGAGAGAGGACCCUGACCAUGGAAACUUUAAACCCGCAGGUGAAAGCGGUGGAGUACGCAGUGAGGGGGCCCAUCGUUAUCAAGGCGGGAGACCUGGAGAGGAGGCUGCAGCAGGGAGUCAAACAGCCUUUCACUGAGGUCAUCAAAGCCAACAUUGGUGAUGCCCAUGCCAUGGGCCAGCAGCCAAUCACUUUCCUCCGUCAGGUGGUGGCUCUGUGUUGUUUCCCAGAACUGCUGGAUAGUCCGGCUUUCCCCGAUGAUGCCAAACAGCGAGCCAAGCGCAUCCUUCAGGACUGUGGUGGACAGAGCCUAGGCUCGUACAGUGCCAGCCAGGGAGUGGAGUGCAUCCGUCAGGAUAUUGCUGACUACAUCACGCGCAGAGACCAGGGUGUACUUUCUGACUGGAACAACAUCUACCUCACCACAGGGGCCAGUGAUGGCAUCAUGAGCAUCCUGAAGCUGCUAGUGUCGGGUCAGGGCAGCUCCAGGACGGGUGUGAUGAUUCCCAUCCCUCAGUACCCACUGUACUCUGCAGCCAUCUCAGAGCUGGGGGCAGUGCAGAUCAACUACUACCUUGAUGAGGCCAAUUGCUGGGCACUAGAUGUUGAAGAACUGCAGCGAGCUUACCUGACAGCCAAGCAGCACUGCCAGCCCAGAGUCCUCUGCAUCAUCAACCCUGGAAACCCCACUGGUAGGAUGCAUUUAUGUCAGGUGCAGAGUAAGAAGUGUAUAGAGGAGGUCCUUCACUUUGCCUAUGAAGAAAAUCUGUUUGUCAUGGCUGAUGAGGUUUACCAGGACAACGUGUACUCCUCAGACUGUCAGUUCCACUCCUUUAAGAAGGUUCUCUGUGAGAUGGGCCCUGAGUACUUCAACAAUGUGGAACUGGCCUCCUUCCACUCCACCUCCAAGGGCUACACUGGAGAGUGUGGUUUCCGUGGAGGCUACAUGGAGGUGUUGAACAUGGAUCCACAAGUGAAGGCCCAGCUGGUCAAACUGCUGUCUGUUCGUCUCUGCCCUCCUGUCUCUGGACAGGCAGCUAUGAACGUCAUUGUAAAUCCCCCCAAAGUGCAUGAGCCCUCGUAUGCUCAGUUUACCAAGGAAAAGAGCUCAGUCCUGGAUGCCCUGGCUCACAAGGCCAGGCUUACAGAGCAAAUCCUCAACUCGGUCCCUGGGAUUAAGUGCAACCCAGUCCAAGGAGCCAUGUAUGCCUUCCCUCAGAUCUUCAUCCCACCACGAGCAAUUCAGGAAGCCCAGUCCCUGUCCAUAGCUCCUGACAUGCUGUACUGUCUCAAACUGCUGGAGGAAACAGGUAUCUGUGUAGUUCCAGGAAGUGGAUUCGGCCAGAGAGAGGGAACCUAUCACUUCAGAAUGACCAUCCUACCAAGCCCAGGGAAGCUAGAAGUCCUCCUGGAGAAGAUGAAGGAAUUCCACCUCAGAUUUCUUGAGGAGUAUUCACAACAGGAACAACAGAUCACCAUAACCAACCAAGACCAUCACAGACAAAUGUCAAAGCAACCAGACUGAUGACCCGUACACUUGACAGUUUCUGUGAUUUUAAUAUUGCUUUGAGUUUUGUGUUACAGAAAUAUUGUGCCUUCUCAGAUGAUAUUUGAAGAGGCACAGGGUUCUCUACUCGUCUAGACAUGUGGCCCUCUCCUCAAAGCCCUGAAUAAGAGAACACACAGUAUAGAGAAAUAAGAGGAACAGUGUUCCUAUUUUCAUCUAGGUAGUUCCUUCAUGCUGUCAUUGAUCUGUACUCUGUGCCUUAGUGGUGAACUUCCACUGAGAAUCCUGCAUUCAACCAUCUGCUUUUUCUUCCACUAACAUCUCUUUCAUGCUUGGCCAAGGACUUCACAGCUUGUUACAUUAUUGCAUAAAGAUAUCUCUUUGAA